UGACAAUGUUGACAUUGAAAAAAUUAUUUCAAAUCACAGUUUCAAAUUGACAUUUGACUUUGUUGCAGAAAAGGUAAAUAGAGCUAAAUUUUUGUUAUGAAAAACGAUCUAUAAUGAGUUCGGACAAUGGGCAAGGCAGUCAAAAUUCAUCCCAAGAUGAACAUAAACCAAUUCCAGUUAACAGUAAGGAAUCUGGAAGAUACUGUUGGGUAUGCUUUGCUUCAGAGGAAGAGGACAUGGAGGCUGCUUGGGUUCAGCCCUGCAAUUGCAGAGGAACCACCAAAUGGGUUCAUCAGACUUGUCUUCAGAGAUGGGUAGAUGAAAAACAGAAGGGUGGUAACAUGACUAAAGUAUCAUGUCCACAAUGCCAGACAGAAUAUAUUAUUGUUUUUCCAAACAUGGGAACUCUGGUGUUAUUCUUAGAUACUGUAGAUAGUUUUAUAUAUAAGGGUUGCCCCUUUAUGGCUGCAGGAAUUGUUGUGGGAGCAGUAUAUUGGUGUGCAGUAACAUACGGUGCCAUCACAGUGAUGCAGGUUAUCGGGCAAAAGGAGGGUUUAGCUAUUAUGGAACAAGCUGAUCCAUUAAUUUUAUUGAUUGGCUUACCUGCGAUACCAGUUGCUUUACUUUUAGGGAAAAUGAUACGCUGGGAGGAUGCUUUAUUAAGCUUUCUUAGAAAAAAUCUCACUAAAAUACCUAUUAUCAGAAACUUUUCACCAUUUGGAAUUACUGCAACAACGAAUAUACGUCCUGAAUCAAAUACAGAAAAUGAUCUUCCGCCUUUAACUAGUCCUGUGUCAGCAACAAGAGUACUGUGUGGUGCUCUGCUAAUGCCGACAAUAUCAAUGUUUCUUGGAAAAUGUUUGUUUGACUCUGUGAAAUCAAAUUUUCACCGUACUAUAUUAGGAGGUCUAGCCUUUAUAGCUAUUAAGGGAUGUUUAAAAAUAUACCACAAGCAACAAAAUUAUAUCAGGCAAUGUCAAAGAAAGAUCCUAGACUAUACUGAAUCAAAUAUAUCAACAUACAUAAGGAAUAAUAGACGCAAUGAAGAAUGAUUGUUUAGAAACACUGCCCAUUAAAGCACAUAUUUUAAAAGUAACAUUAAAAUAUUAAUUGACCCAGGUGUGUUUUUAUUGUGGAAAAUGCAGGCCUAAAUAAUUGAAAAAUUAAAUUGAAAUUUUGUAUUUGUUGAAGAUAUAUUAGGUUUCACUAAAGCUUCACUUUUAAGGACUAACAUUGUGAUUCUAGUUUUAAAAUUAUUUUAUAUUAAAUAUACACAUGCAUCUCAAAUGUGUUUUAAAGGUAUUUGAAAUAUUGCUGGUAAAAUUUAUUCGAUAUUGUAUCAUAUGUAAUGUGGUAUAUGCAUAUUUACUUAUUUCAGGUAUUUUUAUAGGCUAGAUUUUCGUUUUUUGACAGGUGAAGAUUGUUAAAAAGGAUUUUGAUAUUUUAAGUUGGUCAAAUAAAGUUAUAUAUUUUU